AUGAAGAAGAAGAACUUUGAGCUGUGGCUCAGACGGGAAGGAUAUAGUUUAAUGUUUUUGGAGCUCAACAUUGACAAAAAAAAUGCUCAUUUGAAACCGAAAUGAUUCUUGCAAAGCUGAAUGAUAGUCUUUGGUAGCGUGCAUAUCUGGGAAAGGUGUUUGAGACACUGAUAGCAUUGCACAGACAGCCGGCGGGGAAGAAUGGCUGGAAGUGUUGUGUUAACUGGCUAACGUUAGCACUAGCUAGCUAAAUCCCCACAUUCGCUACGCAUGAACUCAUUGCAUUGGGAUUUAUUACGACUGGAAACAUAUAUAUAUUAUUUUUUGUGGAUACAGGAAGAACCUUCCAGUCCACACGACCAUCGCGUCAAACCCGUAGUUCACGAACAUGAUCAAAUUCAUAUACCGUAUCAAUGCAUGAAGUGAAGAUGAACAGGAAGAAGGACAAGGGAUUUGAGAGCCCGCGGCCUUUUAAAUUGACUCACCAGGUUGUCUGCAUCAACAACAUCAACUUUCAAAGGAAGUCUGUGAUUGGCUUUGUGGAGCUGACCAUCUUCCCAACUGUGGUCAACCUGAACCGGAUCAAACUCAACAGCAAGCAGUGCAGGAUCUACAGGGUCCGAGUCAACGACCUCGAAGCACCAUUCAUUUACAAUGACCCUACUCUAGAGGUCUGCCACCACGAGUCCAAGCAGAGGAACCUGAACUAUUUCUCCAGUGCCUACACAGCAGCAGUCAGUGCUGUGGACCCAGAUGCAGGACACGGCGAGCUGGUCAUCAAAGUCCCCUCGGAGCUGUGGAAGCAAGGAGACGAGAUGAAUGUGCUGAAGGUGUACAUAGAGUUCUCUCUGGACCAGCCUAAAGGAGGCCUUCACUUUGUGGUGCCUGACGUAGAGGGGAGCAUGGCUGAGAGAGGAGCACACGUCUUCUCCUUCGGAUACCAGAACUCCACAAGGUUCUGGUUCCCCUGUGUGGACUCGUACUCUGAGCUGUGCACCUGGAAGCUGGAAUUCACAGUGGAUGCCUCUAUGGUAGCUGUGUCCUGUGGGGACUUGGUAGAGACUGUCUAUACCCAUGACAUGAGGAAGAAGACCUUCCACUACGUCCUCCCCAUCCCCACCGCCGCCUCCAACAUCUCACUGUCUGUCGGGCCCUUUGAGAUCCUGGUCGACCCCUACAUGCAUGAGGUCACCCACUUCUGCUUACCCCAGCUCCUGCCCCUGUUGAAACACUCCAUGUCCUACCUGCAUGAGAUCUUUGAGUUCUACGAGGAGAUCCUGACCUGUCGAUAUCCUUACUCCUGCUUCAAGACUGUGUUUGUGGACGAGGCCUACGUCCAGGUGUCUUCCUACGCGUCGAUGAGCAUCUUCAGUACUAAUCUGCUCCACAGUGCCAUGAUCAUAGACCAGACUCCCCUGACCAGACAGUGUUUAGCUCAGGCCCUGGCCCAGCAGUUCUUUGGCUGCUUCAUCUCCAGGAUGUCCUGGGCUGAUGAGUGGGUGCUGAAGGGGAUCUCUGGCUACAUCUAUGGUCUGUACCUGAAGAAGACCUUUGGAGUGAACCAGUACCGCCACUGGGUCAAAGAGGUAGGGGGUGGAACCAGUACCUCCACUGGGUCAAAGAG